AUGUCCGUAUCCGUAUAUGACACGGCUUGGCUAUCGAUGCUUCAGAAGCCGGGAGAUAGCAAGCAAUGGCUAUUUCCCGAGUGCUUCGAUUACAUCCUCAGAAAUCAGCUAGAAGAUGGCAGCUGGCCGAGCUAUGCUUCGGUAUUAGAUGGUGUUCUGAAUACUGCAGCGGCAUUACUAGCUGUUCGAAAGCAUUUAUCUCACGACCCAAAGUCACCUAGUCUUCAAGAGGUAUCAUUCAAAGCGGAAGUUUCACUUACAGAGUUAAUCCGCGGGUGGGACGUGUUCUCCUGUGACCAAGUGGGUUACGAGAUUCUCGUCACGGCUCAUUUGAGUUUGCUGAAGCAAGAGGGCGUCGCCUUGCAAGUACCGCAAAUUGAACAGCUGGAGUCUCUGCGUGAAUUGAAAUUAUCUCGGUUGCCAGCAUCGCUAGUAUACAAGGGCCCCUCAGCUUUAUAUCAUUCCCUGGAAGGGUUAAUCGGGCACAUCGAUUUCGAUAAUAUCGCCCAGUGGCGUGAACCUAAUGGAUCAAUGAUGGGUUCCCCAUCGUCAACCGCUGCGUAUCUAAUGAAUAUUUCGACAUGGGAUGACCAUGCGGAGACGUAUCUUCGAGAUGCCCUCAGGAAUGGUAGUGGACAAGGGUGCGGGGGUGUGCCAUCGGCGUGGCCAAGCUCAAUUUUCGAGGUCUCCUGGACCAUUACGACAUUAGCCGAGUCCAACAUUCCCAUUGGCGAGGUGGAGGCGUCGACUAUAGGGGGCUUUCUCGAGACAUCAUUGCGAAUGCAGAAAGGCAUUGUUGGUUUUGCACCCGGAUCACUCGCAGAUGCAGAUGACACCGCCAAAUGUGCAAUGAGUCUGCUCUAUCUUGGUCGAGAACCAAAGCCUUACAUCGAAGCGCUUAUUCACGCCUUCGAGACUGCCGACCACUUCCAAACUUACUUGGCUGAGCGUAAUCCAAGCCUAAGUACUAACAUUAACGUGCUGUCCUGUCUGCUCCUAAUAGAUGAUCCCCUUCCGUACGUACCUCAGGUUGCCAAAGCUGCCAGUUUCAUAUGCAAAAAAGUAUUCGUUGGAGAUGUCAAGGAGAAGUGGCAUAUACAUCGGCUAUACUGGAUGAUGCUUCUAUCCAAAGCUGUGGUACUCUUGUAUAAACGCAUGCAAGAGAAUGAGACGUUUCGCGAACGCCUCCUGAUUGCCGCACCGAACUUAAAGGAGCAGAUCCUUAUCCUCUCGCUUCAGAUCGUGAUGACUAUCUUAAAAAUGCAGAAUCAUGGCAAUUGGGAAGAAGGGUGCGAACUCACAGCCUACGCUGUUUUGGCACUAUCCUCAUUUGCACAACUUCCUUUAAUAGCGGCAGGACUACGCGACCGGAUAUACGAGAGUAUUAAUCAGGGGAAAGUCUUCCUCGCCGCGCACAGAUCCGAGUGGAGGGAUGGUGCGUAUUUAUGGACCGAGAAAGUCACAUACUCUUCAGAAAUUCUUUCGGAGGCUUACUGCCUUGCGGCGACUGUAAAUUGCACAGCAACACCUACCAUUCCAGGCACACCCCCACCAUUUCAAGUCUCUGAGAAAAUCCUAGGAGGUAUGAGCAAAGCAGGACAUCUAAUCAGCUGCACGCCUCUGUUCAACCAAGCCGAUACCCAGCUUAUCUCCGCUGCACAAUUACAGGCGUGCUACGCUCUAUCAGACCUUAAGCGUCGUCGCCUAGACAUCUUUCCACGAACAGGGAUGGGGGAAGACAAAUAUCUGAUAUUUAUCCCGCUGACCUGGACAGCAUGCAUGUCGCUGCGAGAAGACUGUGUUAGUCUUGCUGUACUUUCCGAAAUGAUGGUCUUGUCAAUGCUGAAUUACCAGGUCGAUGAAUAUAUGGAGGACGUGCUUGAGCGCGGGUGGGAAUACGAAGAAGGCUUCCAGUCAGCGCGAGAUGUGGUAAGGCAAUUGUUUGUUCAGGCGGGUGUUAGCAAGGAUAGUCAGAAUGAAACUCUCAGGAAUCGAGGCGUUCCCCUACGGGAGUCGACGCCAAAAUCUCUAGACUUCAACGGCAACGGCAACGGCGAGGCCAAUGGCCAUAAGAAUUACGGCAGGCUAGGCAUGAAGACGGUGCUUAGUCGAUACAUUGCCCAUAUUCUUCAGCACCCUUCGGUGUUGAAAAGCACUCAAGACAUGCAGGUCCGACUCGCUAGGGAAUUGGAGACGUUCCUCCUGGCUCACAUCGAUCAAGCCGAAGACAAUAGCCAGUUUGCUCGUCAGCUAGAUGGGAGCUCGCAGAAUUCAUCUACUCUCCACGAUGAAACCUUGCCCAAGGCCCGCAACGGCAUUCAUAACAAAAAAGGAGAGAAAAGGAAGAGAGAACCCGAUGGAGUACAUGAACCUCCUACACCCGCAUCCUAUCCGAGGAGGUACAGGGAUUCAGGCCGAACAUUCUACAAAUGGGUGCGCAGCACGUCUGCGGAUCACACAUCAUGCCCCUUCUCAUUCGUCUUUUUCCAUUGUCUGCUAUUCGCCACCCACGGCGACGUCGCGGGCCACAGUGCCAAGACGGCGUAUCUCGUCGAGGACGCGUGUCGGCACCUCGCUAGCCUGUGUCGCAUGUACAACGACUAUGGUUCCCUAGCACGAGAUGCCGACGAACUAAACUUGAAUUCACUCAAUUUCCCCGAGUUCGCUCGUGCUGCGAAGAUUGGGGGCUUAGAAGAGAAAGAAGCCAAGGAACAGCUCAUGAACAUCGCAGAGUAUGAAAGGCGCAGUCUUAACCUCGCCCUAAAUCAACUAGAGAGUGAACUUAUGAGUGGCGGCGGCGGGAAUAACGGCAAGUGGAUGGAUGCUAUUCGAUUGUUCGUCAAUGUCACGGAUCUGUGUGGUCAAAUAUAUGUUGUCAAGGAUAUCGCCACAAGGAAGUAA